AUGGCGCCUCCUCUCCGCGUCGUUUCCAGGCGGCAGCAGUACGUGGGGAAGCUGAAGUUCGCCUUCCUGGAGGCCUUCCCCGCCUCCAAGAAGCUGAUCGUGGCGACCGAGAAGAACGUGGUGGCCGCCCUGAACUCCCGCACGGGCGAGAUCCUGUGGCGACACGUGGACAAAGGGACGGCCGAGGGCGCGGUGGACGCCAUGCUGCUCCACGGGCAAGAUGCCAUCACGGUUUCCAACGGGGGUCGUAUCCUGCGCUCUUGGGAGACCAACAUUGGCGGCCUGAAUUGGGAGAUUUUGAUGGACGCGGGCAGCUUCCAGAUGGCUAGUUUGGUGGGACUCCAAGAUGCUGUGAAGUACGUGGCCGUUUUGAAGAAAGGUUCUCUCCUGCUGCAUUAUCUCUCCAACGGUUACCAGAAAUGGACAGAACAUUUACCAGAGAGCGAGAUUGUCCAGUAUCAAUUGGUGUAUUCCCACGGAACGGGAGUGGUGCACGUUGUCGGAGUUGCUCCUCAGAGCCACCUCAGCAUCCUGACCUUCAGCAUUGAGGAUGGUGAAAUGACUAGACAGGUCAGGGUGGCAGCUCCCUGGGUGAGGAAUCUAGUUGGGGCUUGCAACAUCGUAGGAGAAGCUACGCUUGUGUGCAUGAACCCAGCCACCCAGUCCCUUUACACCUUGUCUCUGGAGGCAGAGGAAGAGAUGAAGGAGGUUCCGCUGCAGUCUCUUGGACUGGAAUUGGCUGACGUUUCCCAGCCCCACAUCCUGCCCUCUCAGCCGAACUCAGCCAGACCUUCCCGGGCCCAGUUCUUUCUGCGUCUGUCUCCAAGUCACUUUGCCCUGCUGCAAUAUCGGAACGGCGUGUUGAGCCUCCUUCGGAACUUCCCACAGGCCAGCCUCGUGACCUUUGCAACUACUGGCGAGAAGACUGUGGCGGCCGUCCUCACCUGCAAGGGCGAAGGGGAGGCCCAGUCUUGCCCCAACCAGACCUACACCAUCAAUCUGUACCUGGCUGAAACUGGACAGAGACUUUUGGAUACCAUCAUCACAUUCACGUUGGAGAAAAGCAGCACCAAGCCAGAGAGGCUUUACAUUCAGGUCUUUUUGAAGAAAGACGACUCCGUGGGCUACCGAGCCUUGGUGCAGACAGAGGAUCAUAUGCUUUUGUUCCUCCAGCAGCCAGGAAAAAUUUGGUGGAGCAAGGAAGAGUCCCUGGCCGAGGUGGCUAGCCUGGAGAUGGUCGACCUGCCCUUGACAGGGGCCCAGGCAGAACUGGAGGGCGAAUUUGGAAAGAAAGCCGACGGGCUGCUGAGCAUGUUCCUCAAGCGCUUGUCCUCCCAGCUCAUCCUGCUUCAGGCCUGGACCACCCACCUCUGGAAGAUGUUCUACAAUGCCCGCAAGCCCCGGAGCCAGACGAAGAACGAGAUCAACAUCGACAACUUAGCCCGGGAUGAGUUCAACCUGCAGAAGAUGAUUGUGAUCGUCACAGCCUCGGGAAAGCUCUUCGGAAUAGAGAGCAGCUCGGGGACGAUCCUGUGGAAGCAGUUCCUCCAGGAUGUGCGCCCCGGCUCUUCCUUUAAGCUGAUGGUCCAGAGGACGACGGCGCAUUUCCCCCACCCCCCGCAGUGCACCCUGCUGGUCAAGGACAAGGAGUCGGGACUCAGCAAGCUCUACGUCUUCAACCCCAUCUUUGGGAAGUGGAGCCAAGUGGCGCCCCCAGUGCUGACUCGCCCCAUCCUUCAGUCGGUCCUGCUUCCCAUCAUGGACCAGGAUUAUGCCAAAGUGCUGCUUCUGAUCGAUGACGAAUACAAGGUCACCGUGUUCCCAGCCACCAGGAACGUUCUGCGCCAGCUGGAGGAAAUGGCGCCGUCCAUCUCGUUCUAUCUAGCCGACGCCAAACGGGGGAAGUUGAUGGGGCGCCGGUUGAGGAAGGACCUGACAACAGAAGAGACAUGGGAGAUCACCAUCCCUCCUGAUCUGCAGCGCAUCGUGAUUGUGAAAGGGAAGCGAGGCAACGAACACGUCCACUCCCAAGGCCGUGUGAUGGGAGACCGCAGUGUCCUUUACAAGUCGCUGAACCCCAACUUGCUGGCCGUGGUGACAGAGAGCACGGACACGCACCAGGAGCGCUCGUUCAUCGGGAUCUACCUGAUCGAUGGCGUCACUGGCCGGAUCAUCCACUCCUCCGUGCAGAAGAAGGCCGAGGGACCGGUGCACAUUGUCCAUUCAGAGAACUGGGUGGUGUACCUGUACUGGAAUGCCAAAGCCCGCCGGAACGAGUUCACCGUGCUGGAGCUGUUCGAAGGCACCACGCAGUACAACGCCACCGCCUUCAGCUCCUUGGACCGGCCCUACUCGCCUCAGGUGCUGCAGCAGUCCUACAUCUUCCCCUCCGCCAUCAGCGCCAUGGAAGCGACCAUCACCGAACGGGGCAUCACCAGUCGCCAUCUGCUGAUCGGUCUUCCUUCUGGGGCCAUCCUUUCGCUCCCCAAGGCAUUGCUGGACCCGCGGCGGCCAGAAGUCCCAACAGAGCAAACGAGGGAAGAAAACCUGAUCCCUUAUUCCCCGGACGUGCAAAUCCACGCCGAGAGGUUCAUCAACUACAACCAAACCAUCUCCCGAAUGAGGGGCAUUUAUACAGCCCCCUCGGGCCUGGAGUCAACCUGUCUGGUUGUGGCCUAUGGGCUAGACAUCUACCAAACCAGGGUCUAUCCCUCCAAACAGUUCGACGUCCUCAAAGACGACUACGAUUACGUCCUGAUCAGCAGCGUGCUGUUUGGGCUGGUCUUUGCCACCAUGAUCACCAAGCGGUUGGCUCAGGUGAAGUUGCUCAACCGCGCCUGGCGGUAACGGGAGCGUCACCCAGAGCGACCCUUGAGGAGGGACUGCCGAGCCCGCACGAGGAGAUCCCGCUGGGCUGCAGCGUCGUUCGAAAGGGGCAAUGCCACUUCCCCCUCGAGGAAGAGAACUGCGGGGUCGCGCGGCCUGUUGCCAAAGCUCGUCUCGAUUCGCUGCAGAAAAGGAGAAACUCCAGGAACGGGAAUGUUCUGUGACCUAGGCCGCUUUGGAAAUGUUUUCCUGUCCCUCGAUGCCCGCGCUGCCAAACUGCUUUGCCGUUAGCUUUGUACGAUGACCGGUUGACCCCUUUGCCCUGAGGCCACGAUGAAACACGCUCGCUGCAUUUCCAGCCUGCUUUUUUCCCUGACAUUUUAGCUGGGCCAAGGAGGGUGGCCGGCCACAUGUCUGUGUAGCCUGUCCCUGUGGUCUCCCCUCUCAGAUUUUCAGUAGAAGAAAAUGGCUGGGGGAAAAGCAGCCUUGGGAAAUGUGUGAAAAACAGCUUGGAAAUGCAGAAGAUGAAUUUGGGAAAAAAUGGAUAUAAGCCGGACAGGGUGAGCCUGUUCGGUCUUUAGUGUCCAAGUGAGGGCUUUUUAGAGAUGCAGUUCGUCUUUUCCCUGCACUGAAUUUUUGUAACCUCUCUUUCUUAACUGGCCCCCUCGUUCUUAGGUUUUUUUCUUUUUUCCUUUGUCUUAUGAUUCCUAAUUUAUAUUGACCUUUUUAGUAAAUCCAGAUUCGGGUUACGGGAGUACUUGAAGCCUGUUGAGAAUUGCUGGCUUGCUAAGAGUCACCCAAUAUUGGUUGGGUAAUUAUUUAUAUUUAUUCCAAAGGGGGACUUGGGGGGUGUGUCAGGGUGCCGAAGGCGGAUUCGUUAUGGGCAGAGUCUAAAUCUGGAGUUUGCAGGGUAGGGAUCUGCAUUAUCUCUCGGAAAAAUGUGAAGUCAGGCCUUUCCCCCUGUAUCCAGAUCAGGCACGGCAGAAAUAAAAUAAAUAAAAAUGGAUUUGUUCAGUGGG